CAUCGCUUGGCCCAUACGUACGUCGAACGAGCCAAUCCCUCCAUCAGUAUUCGACUGGAGUUAACAGACUGUUACUUAUCUCGUUCAACUGAUUGAAGCGCGCUGACUAUCAACAAUUUGGCGGGAAAACGUUCAGCAGUGCUCGAUUAUAUCUAAAAACUUGUGUGUUUUUUUGUUUGACUUCCAAGGCAGUCAUCUUAUUCGAUACAGAUCUGCAAACAAAACUUAGGUUCCUGACGUUGACAGAAACAUGGAGAGAGCACUGAAAAUGAUCGAUCUGUUUGGCAUCACAUCAGUUCGCUUUGAGCAAACUGAUUACUACGGUAUCCCACAUUGCAAGGUGAUACCUGUUAAGCACUUUAGGGAUAAAGCGAUACACGGCCAAAACUUCUGCCUAGGGUAUUUAUCUUUCAAUCCCCAUGGCCAGCCCAUCAGUGGUACAGGAUACGGCGAGGAGAUCCACUACGAAGACGCAGUUUGCUUUCCAGACUUGGCUUCCUUUCAGACCUUACCUUGGUGCAAGAAGACAGCACGGGUUAUCGUAGAGGGCGUCUAUGAAGGGAAAGUGUGUGAGGGGUACCCAAGGGUUGUUGCACGUCGACAACUUGAACGCCUGGAGGAGAUAGGAUACUCACUAUUUUCUGCCCAUGAGUUUGAGUUCUACUUGGUCGAUAAGAAGACGCAAGGACCAAUCGAUAAUUCCACCAACGCAAAUGCCACAUCGCGCCUCUUUAAAAUUGAGGAUUUUACGCAAGACGUAUUGGAAGAAUUACCUAAAGCUGGUGUGGAUUUAGAGUUCAUCGGUAGCGAAUCGGCCACGGGACAGUUUGAGAUCGUUUACCGUCCAAGCUUUGGUAUUCGUGCUGCAGAUAACGCCCACACAUACAAGAUGGGGAUCAAGGAAAUCGCACAAAAACAUGGAUACAUCGCAAGUUUUAUGUCGAAACCUUGGCCAGAUAAAAGUGGUUCAUCAGCGCAUUUUUGCCAUUCUCUUUGGGACGUCACCGGAGAAACACCCCUACUCUACGAUCCGUCUCAACAAUACCAACUUUCUAAGCUAGGCCAGUAUUGGGUAGCAGGUCUCCAUGCUCACGCAUGUGCACUAGCAGUUCUAAUGGGUCCGACGGUGAACUGUCUCAAACGUUACAAACCUUUCAGCUUUGCCCCAAGCAACGCAACGUGGGGGAUGGACAAUCGAACGUGCGCCUUCCGCGUCAGGGUCCAAGGUGCCAAAGGGACCUAUAUCGAGAACAGAAUGGGAGCGAGCGCGUGCAACCCCUACAUCAGCCUAGCUGCAACAGUAGCAGCUGGAAUUGACGGUAUCGUCAGAAGGUUACCUCUACCUGAGUGUGUAGUUGGAGAUGCCUACAAGGACGAAGACGUCCCACCGCUGACACAAAAACUACCUAACAGCAUGACGGACGCGAUAGACUGCUUACUGAAUGAUGAGGUUAUUGUAUCUUCCCUUGGGCAAGAAUUCAUCAAGUGUUUUAUUGCGGGGAAGCGAAACGAGGUGGAACUCGAGAGAGCGGCAGUUGAAAGGGGCGAACUGCAUAAAUGGGAGCAUGAUUAUUUUUUUGAAGUGAUGUAAUGGACAAUAAUAAGUACAAAAUUCGUGACCAAAUAUAUGUUGUAUCGUAGCGUUAGUGGUAUGGAGUGUUCAAUUUUUUUCUCGCUGCUCAAUGUUACGUAUUCAAGUACGGUGUAUUCAAUAUAAGUACGGUUUGUCUUGACGUGAAUUUACCGCUAAUGUUGUACAUCUGGAGCCCAUUGCAGAAAGAGUUGCAAUCAAACGCAACUCUAAAAAUCAUGCGCAACUUGAUUUUCAACCAAUCAA